AGUUUCCCAGAAUUCCCAGCGGCCGCGGGGAAAGUUUACGGGACGUCGGCGGCGGCGGCGGCGGCGGCGGCGGUAGCGGUUACCAGGCGGCCGCCGCGGACCAUGGCCCGGGCUCGACGUCCCUGGCCUCGCCUCACGGACUCCACGGGCCAGCCGACGGAGCGCGCGGACUUCCGGUCAGGCCGUGACAUCCGAGUGAGCGGCGGCCGGCGCGCUUAGCGCCCCGAACAUGCGGCAGUCCCUGCGGGCGACCCCGGGCUGCGGAGAGGCGGCGGCGGGGACGGCGGGCGCGGGGCGCGGAGCCCGAGGGAGGCUGCUGCGGCACGGCCAGGGCGGGCACGGCGGACCGGGCGCCCCAGGAUGCUGUCCCGAAAGAAAACCAAAAACGAGGUGUCCAAGCCGGCCGAGGUGCAGGGCAAGUACGUGAAGAAGGAGACGUCGCCCCUGCUGCGGAAUCUCAUGCCUUCAUUUAUCCGGCAUGGUCCAACAAUUCCAAGACGGACUGAUAUCUGUCUUCUGGAUUCAAGCCCUAAUGCCUUUUCAACUUCUGGAGAUGGAAUAGUUUCAAGAAACCAGAGUUUCCUAAGAACUCCAGUUCAGAGGACACCUCAUGAAAUAAUGAGAAGAGAAAGCAACAGAUUGUCUGCACCUUCCUAUCUUGCCCGGAGUCUGACAGAUGUCCCGAGGGAAUAUGGCUCUUCUCAGUCAUUUUUAACAGACGUUAAUUUUGCAGUUGAAAAUGGAGAUUCUGGUUCCCGCUAUUACUAUUCAGAUAGUUAUUUUGAUGGUCAGAGAAGACGCCCACUUGGAGAUCAUACACAUGAAGACUAUAGAUAUUAUGAAUACAGCCAUGAUCUCUUCCAAAGAAUGCCACAGAAUCAGGGGAGGCAUGCCUCAGGUAUUGGGAGAAUUGCUGCUACAUCUUUAGGAAAUUUAACUAACCAUGGUUCUGAAGAUUUACCCCUGCCUCCUGGUUGGUCUGUGGACUGGACAAUGAGAGGGAGAAAAUACUAUAUAGAUCAUAAUACAAAUACAACUCAUUGGAGUCAUCCUCUUGAACGAGAAGGACUUCCUCCAGGAUGGGAACGAGUUGAAUCAUCAGAAUUUGGAACCUAUUAUGUAGAUCACACAAAUAAAAAGGCUCAGUAUAGGCAUCCCUGUGCUCCCAGUGUUCCUCGAUAUGAUCAACCUCCUCCUGUCACAUACCAACCACAGCAAACUGAAAGAAAUCAGUCUCUUCUGGUACCUGCAAAUCCAUAUCAUACUGCAGAAAUACCUGACUGGCUUCAGGUUUACGCUCGGGCCCCAGUAAAAUACGACCAUAUUCUGAAAUGGGAACUCUUCCAACUGGCUGACCUGGAUACGUACCAGGGAAUGCUCAAGUUGCUUUUCAUGAAAGAACUGGAACAGAUUGUUAAAAUGUAUGAAGCCUACAGACAGGCUCUCCUCACAGAAUUGGAAAAUCGAAAGCAGAGACAGCAGUGGUAUGCCCAGCAACAUGGCAAGAAUUUUUAAGAUACUGUUUUAAAAUUCAAGUUUUAUAAGGGCUUUACUGUUUUUAGAUAAAAUACUGCAAACAAAUACAUUGGUUAAUAAAGGCAGCUUACUUUUUUGGAAUUGUAAAAUUCUCCUUAUAUUUUAUUGUUAAAAAUAUUUUUAACUGAGCAAAUAUGAGUUUAUCAUUCUACGAGCCAACAUGACAAACACUUCCAGAUACUGUAAAUGGUUUUGACUAAUCUGGAUGGGGUAAAAUGGAGAAAGAAAUGACAUUUUAACAAGAUUGUAAGUAGGAAGUGAUCAUUAUAAACUCUCAAAAUAGUCCUUCCUUUCUUUAUCAAUCAUAGAGGGCGGGGGAUGUGGCUUAGUGGUGGACUAUAUACAUCAAAUGUAUGCGACCCUGGAUUUGACUCCAGCACUAUUCCCCCUCAAAAAAGGAUAGUUAAAAAAGUUGCUGGGUUGGACUGAUAGUACAAUAAUAGAUAGGGUGCUUGCCUUGCAUGCAGCCGACCCAGGUCCAAUCUCCAUCAUCCCAUAUGGUCCCCCAAGAACCCCCAGGAGUGAUUCCUGAGUGCAGAGCUAGGAAUAACCACUGAGGAUCGAUGGGUGUGGCCCCAGUCACACACACACACACACACACACACACACACACACACACACACACACACACACACACACACACAAAAUAGUUGCUGCUUUAGUGUGAAAUAUUGUUUGGAAUCAGAAGGUUUAAGUAUUGUCAUUGUGUAGUUUAAAACAAAAUGUCAAAGUAUUUUUUGUAUGAAAAAGGGGACAGCCCUGUGAUCCUUUUUUAGUAUUUAGUUUAGGUUUAGGCCUAAAUUUAGUUCAGCACUCAAAAUUGCUAAAAUCACUUCCUCACUUUUAUCCAGGGUUCUUGCAGCAUUUCAGUGGUAUUGCCUUGAUGAGACAGUAGACGGUUUCCAAAAGCUUCACAUGCUGCCAGUCAGAGACUUUUGAAUUGCCAAAAUUGACAAUCAGGGAUUCAUUAUGAAACUUAAUUAUUAAGUGAUUUUACAUAUUAUCUUUUCUCUUCAAAGUUUGUCACAGAACUUUAAAACCCAGCAUUUUCCAUCCAGAAUUUUUCCUUUUGGUUUAAUAGUUAAUGUAUUGUUCAUAAUUAGUGCAGCAUUUUUGAUAGACAACUUUAUGGUAUUUUUAGCUUACAAAUCCUUAUAAUUCUGUGAAUUUAAAUAUUUGUUGAAGUAGCUCUAUAGUUAAUUGUAAUUGGUUAGUUGUGUUGUAAAUAUGUAAGUAUAUUUAGCUGAGGUAAUCUUUCAAAAUACAAGCACUCCCAGAUAGGUAUCAGUGAAUUUUGAAUUAUUGAUAAAAUGUUGAAAAUGUUGAAUGUUUGAUUUUAUAUAACAAGCUUAUUAAAAUAUAUUUUUGUGGAAACCGUGUUUGUUUGAUCAGUGUUUAUAGAUAGUGCUAUUAAUAUAUAUUUUUUCCAUUCAGAGGAAGUCCCUAGGCAAAGGACUAAAUAUAGUGAAAGGGAAAUAAAUGCAAUUUUAUCAGUGAGAAACAUGUUUUGCAAUACAUAAGAAAAAGUUUUCUAAGAUGUAGGGUUUUAUAUCUUAUGAACUCUGACACAUUCUUCUAUCUUCUUAUUUCUUGUUAUUCCUUUGUUACCACUUAGGAAAGUUAGAAGUUAGACCUCCCAAAUAGGAAGUGUUAACUUUUUAAAUACCAUGCUUUUUUUCCCCUCUUAAAAGAUCUGCCCAGUGAAACUCCAUUAGUGAUUUUAGUGUACAAAUAAGUAGGAUUGGCGUGUUUUAGAGAACUAGAGGGGCCAGAGGUAGUAUAGGAGUUACGGUACUUGCCUUGCAUGCAGGAGACCAGGGCUCAGUUCCUCUCACCACAUAUAAUUCCCUAAGCACCACCUGGAAUGCUCCCUGAGCACUGCCAGUGGGUGUGACCCAACCUAACUCCAAACCCCUUUUUCCCCAGAAAAAAAGAACUAGAAAAUACCUAAGGGUAUUAGGGUUUUUCUUUAAGUAGGAAUCUAAGUUUGUAAUAGUGUCAACAUUAAAGAAAAUGU